AUGCGACCGGAGAGUCCACAACCGCAAGAUCGUAUCGCCUCGUUUGAGAGAAUUCACACAAUGGAGGAAGAACACCCCGCGAAAGAUCUACUAGAGAUGGAGGGUAGUCCACGGGACCAGGAUGAUAUGACGCGUAUGGGAAAGAUACAGGAAUUGAAGCGCAACUUUCGACCUCUUGCAGCGUUGAGCUUUUCAGCGGUUCUUCAAGCUACUUGGGAGUUUGUACUAAUCUCUAACACACAAGGGCUUGAAAAUGGCGGCCUCGCUGGUGUAUUUUGGUCCUACAUGUGGACCUUCGUUGGAUUUGGCUUCAUCAUUGUUUCGCUAGCCGAGAUGGCCUCGAUGGCACCCACAUCAGGAGGCCAAUACCAUUGGGUAUCGGAGUUUUCCUCACCUCGUUACCAAAAGUUUCUGAGUUACACCACUGGAUGGAUGUCCGUACUAGCCUGGCAGGCAGGAGCUGCAUCGGGCUCGUUUCUGACUGGGACUAUCAUCCAAGGUCUGAUCUCACUCCGUGACCCGAGAUAUGAGCCCCAAAAUUGGCAAGGAACCUUGUUCGUAUUCGCAAUGAUAGCUGUCAUUUACUUUUUCAAUGUCUAUGCUGCAAGCUGGAUGCCGCGGAUCCAGAACAUCCUCCUCGCGCUCCAUCUGUUAUGCUGGGUUGUCAUUGUGGCUGUCUUAUUCGCCAUGGCUCCGCACAACUCCGCUCAAACCGUAUUCACCUCGUUCCACAAUGGUGGCAACUGGUCUUCUAUGGGUAUCAGCUUGAUGAUUGGCCAAAUCACAGCUAUAUACGGCUCACUGAGCUCUGACGCCACCGCACACAUGUCAGAAGAAGUCAAGGACGCUGGUUUCUACGUACCAAUCGCCAUUGCAUGGGGGUACUUCGGCAACGGAAUACUAGCCCUGAUAAUAAUCGUUGGAUUCCUUCUUGCUCUACCCUCAGUACCCGAUGCCCUCAACGACAGCACCGGAUUCCCCUUCCUAUACGUCUUCCGCCAAUUCCUCUCAACCUCCGGUGUGAACGGUCUCACGGCAAUAAUCUUGAUUCCAGUUAUCUUCAGUAACAUCCUUUUCAAUGCGUCAACUGCACGUCAGACAUAUGCGUUUGCACGGGAUCGUGGUCUACCAUUCGCAGACUGGAUUUCUCGAGUUGACCCUCGCCGUCGAAUCCCAGUACGAGCCAUCGCAAUCUCGUGCAUGAUCAGUGGCUUAUUAUCGCUGAUUAACAUCGGCUCGCAAGUUGCAUUCAAUGCGAUCAUCUCUCUCAACGUUGCUGCACUCAUGUACACAUACGCUGUUUCGAUCAGCUGCGUGAUUUACCGGAAGAUUGCCUGCCCUGAAACCCUACCUCCUCGACGUUGGAGUCUUGACCGGAAGUAUAACCUGGAUGACAAGGGGAAUGUCAAUAUUGAAGAUCUCCGGCUGAGCUCGAGCCUGUGCAUUGCCAUAUCUAACCACGAACCUCGCCGAGACGUUGAUUGGAUAACACCCCAACCGUAUCCGGCAAAUCUCAAAUCCAACGCAGAGGCUAUCGCUGCACAUGAUCUCGUUGCAGGUGUUCGCUAUGGGCCAAAUCUAACGCAACGGGAUUCUGUGAUCCCUCUACCCAACUCGAAGGUCAACCUAUCCCUCAAAUACCUGCAAGAAAAUAAGCACAAGAGAGAUAUCGAGUAUGAUAGCACCUACUAUCACUCACCUCUUGAGAGGUCCAAGAUCAAAGGAAAAGGAAGUUUCUCGGAGAAGUGCCAGGCACUUGAGUCGAUCCACUCCGUUUACGACCGCGUAGUGCAUGAUAUCGAUCGUCUUUUCACAACCCUCUCAGACGCAAAUGGGCUGAAGUCAACUGAGGAAGCAGAGGAAAGAACGAAAAUUGCCCGGGGGGCUGUUGUCGAAGUUGAGGAAAUUGAAACGAAGGAUAUGAAGAUUGUCGAAUCUACUAAACCCAAGAGGUCCCGUGUACGAAGGGGAAAAGGAAAAAGGGCCCUCGAUGUUGAGGAGACGUGA